GGCACAAUUCCUGCCAGGCCCCCCUCAGCCCUCAGGGCAGAGACACUGAGCAGCAGGGACCCCUCCGGCCCAACCGGCAGCUGGCAAACGUGGUGGAACUAGCCAAGCCGCUGAGUUUCCAGGCAGCACAGAGAGCAAGAUGGGCCGGGGUGUGUGGGGAGCACCAGGAGGCUCUGAAGCUGUUCUGUGAAGAGGAUCAAACUCCCAUCUGUGUGGUGUGUGACAGAUCUCAGGCUCACAGGAUGGUGUCCUUACAGGAAGCUGCUCAGGAGUACAAGGAAAAAUUGGAGGCCCAUUUGAAGACUCUGAGGGAAGAGAGAGAAAAGCUGCUGGGAAGGAAAAUGACAGCAGAUGGGAAAAGCCAGGAGUAUCUGAAAUGGACCCACGCGGAGAGGCAGAUGAUUGUGGCCGAGUUUCAGCAGCUGCGGCAGUUCCUGGAGGAACACGAGCGACUCCUGCUGGCCCAGCUGCAGACGCUGGAUGAGGAGGUUGGGAGGCUCCAGACUGACACUGUCAGGAAACUCUCUGCACAGAUUUCCCAUCUCAGCGAGCGGAUCAGUGAGCUGGAGGGGACGUGUCGGAAGCCAGCAAGUGAAUUCCUGCAGGACGUCAGAAACACCUUAACCAGGUAUGAGAUGGGACAGUUCCAGCUGCCAGAGGAGAUUUCCCCUGAACUGGAAGAACAAGUCAGAGGUUUCUCCCAGAAAACGAUUGCUCUGUCGGAGACUCUGAGGGAGUUCAAAGACACACUGCCCUCGGCACUGGAGAGUGCAAGAGGAAAAUCCCUGGGAGCUUUUAGACAAGGCUUCAGAACACCCAUGCCUGUCUCCAGCUCAGCCCCUGGCCUGCAGAGCCAGGGACAGGAAAUGGCUGUGGCAGAGCUGGUGACCUUCGAGGAGGUGGCUGUGUACUUCUCUGAGGAGGAAUGGACUCUGCUGGACCCAGGCCAGAGAGCCCUCCACAGGGAUGUGAUGCAAGAGAAUUAUGAGGCUGUUUGCUUUCUGGGAUUUCCAGUCUCGAAAACUUCUGUGAUCUCCUGGGUGGAGCAAAGGGAAGAUCUCCAGGUCUGUGAGGAAGGGGUGAUCAUCAGUGACACCCACACAGGUGAGCCAUCAGCCAAACUGAGUCGGAAACCUCAUAGCAGAUGUCACUUGUGCAUUUUCAUCAAGUCUGACUGACCCUUCAGCCUGUCUUCAACUCCAGUCAGGCGGGGGGGCAAAAAUUAGGUGCUCUCUGAGU